GGUGGCCGUAAAAAUAUGACAAAAAAAAGUGCGGUGAAAUGAAAAAAGUGAUAAAAAUUAUCAAAUUAUCAAAUAAACCCAAAAUGAGCCUGGAGUGAGUCAUAUGUUGUGAAUCAAAAGAAUAGUUACAGUGCCUUUCUUAUUGUUAUGAUUUCAUUGUUUUUUAAUAUUUAAAUGGAUUAAUAACAUCCGAAAGAAAAGUACAUCGUCGCAUAAAUUGCAUAAAUAAAAAACAAAUAAUGGCUUUGCCGUUACCCAUAUCGCCUUGUGCUAAAAGAGGGGACGGUAUCAGUGCUUUGGGCUGCGAGCGAUUCGAAUACGCAAGCACUAUGGCCACAACCCUGUUAGCGCCGGUUAAAACUGAACGUGAGAUCCUAGAGCAUUCGAUGUCGGAAGAUGAUCCUAACGCAAAUACACAAUUAUCAAGUCAAGUUGGAACCCAACCACGUUGGGGUCCAAGGCAUAAAGGCGCACAAGAACUUGCUGAAUUGUAUAGUCCAGGCAAGCGAUUGCAGGAAUGGGUAUGUGUGGUAUUAUGUUGCACACUAUGUGCCUCUGCCGGAAUUUUAAUGAUCAGAUAUGUUCGGGCUGAUGCUUCACUGGUACUGGCAGCUCUUGCAGGGGUCUUAACAGCAGAUUUUGCUUCUGGAGUUGUGCACUGGGCAGCUGACACUUGGGGAGCAGUUGAUCUACCAAUAAUAGGCAAAAACUUUCUCCGACCAUUUCGAGAGCACCACAUCGAUCCUACAUCAAUCACCCGUCAUGACUUUAUUGAGACCAAUGGUGAUAAUUUUGCUAUAACGAUACCUGUACUUGCACGAAUAGUAUGGCAACUAGUUACGUACGAAGAAGGAAAAGUACACGACCAAUUUCAUUGGAUUGCAUAUUGGUAUUUGUGCUGUAUAUUCGUGGCUAUGACGAAUCAGAUUCACAAAUGGUCGCACACAUAUUUUGGGUUGCCAUCAUGGGUGGUGUGGUUACAAGAGUGGCACAUUGUGCUGCCUCGUCGCCAUCAUCGUAUACAUCACGUCGCACCGCACGAGACUUACUUUUGUAUAACCACUGGCUGGCUUAACUGGCCAUUGGAAAAACUUCACUUUUGGUCGACUUUAGAGACAAUAAUAGAAGCUGUAACUGGAUGUAGACCACGAGCAGACGACCUUAAAUGGGCACAAAAACGUUCCUAGAACAUUGAAAUUUAUUAUGCGAAAUUAUUAUUUUAUACGACUUACACUUGUCCACAUCUACCAAAUCAAUUAAUAGUAUAAGUUAAAAGUAUAUUUUGCUACGCUUGAAUCACUUAAGCACGUUAUUUUAUGCAUCAACUUUUGUCAAUUGGCUGUGUGACAAAUACUUAGAUUAAAAUUGAAAUUGUGUAGGCUUAGUGAGAAAUCACAUAAAUAUUGAAAGUUAUGAGACGCGUCCGCAGCAGCGAUAGGUCUGUUGAAGAUUAAGGGGUGUAACCUCUAGUGCAGUGCAUAAAGUUAGUUACUAUACUUUAUGUAUAGAGGCCUAUGAUUUUAAAAUAGUUGUCAAUUAUGGAAUAUAUUUAUGGCUAAUUAGGAUCGAGUAAAAUUGUCAUCGAAUUAUACAUCGUCAAAAUGUUCCUUUUUCAAAUUUUAAUUUAAAAAAGUUAUAAUUGGUUAUAUGAACUACCUCCGAUAUGUUGAAAUUGAAUUGUUUCAAUCUAGUGAUGCUUGUAACUAUUCGAUGUGAUGGUGUCCGUAAAUGAAAUACGAGCUAUUGUGUUAUGUGGAUGUACGAUGUUUACUACUAUUAGUUCGAUUAUUGAUCAUUAUACAUAUCUUCAUCUUUUAUCAGUAUAAAAAUUACAUUGAUGAUAACGUUAUUUCAUACGUUAUCAAUGAUAAUAAUCUUAUAAUUCAAAUAAAACCGAUAUACGUCAUUCUCACUAAUUUAUCACAAAAAAUGAUCAGACAUAAUAUUUUAUAUUAAAAAUAGUAAUACGGUUUAACUUGUUGUUUGACUGACUGUUAGCACAAUAUUUAAAUGGCAACGAAUACGUAACACCUUAGUCGUUUGUGACCACGAAAACUGUAAAGUAUUUGAAAUGUCUGAAAAUAAAAUCAAAAUAAUAAAAGUGACAUUGAACCCCAUAGGUACAUUUAGGUUAUCUAUGUCUACAACUCGCAAAUAAUGUUUCAUGUUUUUAAUCUUAAGGUUGUUAUUAUGAAUUAAUUUUAGCAACAGCCUAAUGGUGACAACGCGUACUCUGAGCCAGCCUGAGCUUGCUUAGAUAGGUCACUGGUGGUAGGACCUCUUGUGAGUCCGCACGGGUAGGUACCACUACCCCUCCUAUUUCUGCCGUGAAGCAGUAAUGCGUUUCGGUUUGAAGGGUG